GGUCUUUACGUUACUCGUCUCUUAUGUUUAGCGUUCAUGGACUCAAACAUAUUGAAAACAAAUUCUUCUUAUCUGUACCAUCUGGGAAAAUUUCUGCAGUCUGCGGUUGGGUACAAUUCUCACUGGCUACUGUGCUGGCGAGCUACAUUGCACGGCUGGGAUGUCGAAAAACAGUUUCACAGACGAUGCGAUGGAAAAAGAGACACAACUACCAUAAUAAAAAAGGGUAAAUACGUUUUUGGAGGUUACACGGACAUUCCUUGGGGUAAGAAAAUUGCUUGUUCAGUUUAAAAGCAAAUAGCAGUAAAACGUAAAGUUAAGCCAGACGAGUAUUCUUAACAAUUUUUACUGCUGUAAGAACCAGGGGGGCUGGUUGUUACGUAUUAACGAUUCUGUAAAAUUGCGGAUAUGUUGAAUAUCUAUCCUCCCGGUUCCUGGCGACAAAAAACAUGGACCAUGAUAAUAUUGACUCAAAGUUUACUAGUCUGCUACACAGGUCACCAAACUGUGACAUCCACGGGCAUUUUUGUCUGAUUUUUGGCAACAUAGCUAUUCUUACGUUACCAACUCGAGUACGCUGAUUUCGAAAAUUAAUGUUGCCAGUCUCAAGCUUGUGUUAAGAUGGAUUUUUGGGGUAUUUCAUUAUGACGUCACUGUCCAAAUAAGAAGUUUUCUUUCCUUCCCUAAUUAUAAAAUUUAAUAAAUCCAGAAACGGUUUCAAUUUUGAAGACCUUGUAGAGAAUUUAUGAAACGCUGUUUCCGCGAAUUUCGAGGCGUCACAUGACAAUUGACCACACCCUUUGAUAUAAAAUGCACACAGUAAUGGCUAAAGAUGUGAUAUUUAUCGUAAUAAUUUUACUGAGAUAAUUAAAAAGUAUAUUAAAAUAAGCCAUUCUUUGAUUGCACGUGCUCUUGGCAAUUAUUGCAAAACCUUCCCAUUCCUGCACUUUUCCUCUCACUAAAUAUGUUACAAGACCAAGGGAACUUCGAAACUCAAGUAAAUUCAAAUAGUUUAGGAUAGCAAGACUGCUUAAUAAAAUGUAGUUGCAUCUAAAAAGAAAAAGAGCUGCAGCGAUUUUCUUAGACGCUGAGGAGUGGCUUUCCACAAGGCUCGAAGAGAGAUGUGCAAAGCUGCUAGAAGCGCAAAAGCACGGGAAAGUGUUUGUGAUCAACAAAAUAAAGAGACAAUAAAAAGAGAAAGUGUAAGAGAUGUAACCACUCCUAGGGCUUUCCACCAGUUAUUCGGCAACUUUUUGGCAACUUCUCGGACUUCGAGCAACUUCUCGAGUUAUCUUCUAAUUCUGAGAUAUCGGAGCAGCUUUUAGUGCUUCAAAUUGGCCUUUCUUCCAUAUUUCACAAUGUUUACAUAAACAAUUUCUGAAUUUCCUAUAAAAAAAGAAGCCAAAUCCUCCCUCCUGGGGCAGAUCAUGGGCGCAAGAUAAAAGUAGCCGGGCUGCUAGGUCACCUGUUUUUAGAGAAAAUUCAUAAUGGUGGACGAAGAUUCACACUCGACUGACUUGUGUCUCGGGUGAAGAAGGUCUUUCAACAUUUUUAUUGGCUCGUUAGACUUUCUGGUUUUUAUUUAGGACAAAGUUAUUUAGCAACGCUGGUUACGCCGCAAAAUUGCACAAAAUGCUUAGAAAUCUUACUUUUGUUGUACAAGUUGCAUAUUUUAGCAUCAGACCAAAAAAAAUUUUUUUGUUUUUUUUCGAGCAACUUUUGAGGAACUUUUGUUUGUUUUUUGAGCAACUUUUUUGAGAAAUACAGGAAACUUUUUGAAAAAUCUCGAGCAGCUUGUGGAAAGCCUAACCACUCAUGACUCACUUCGUCUCACAGUGGCACAGAAAUUUGUUAUCGUGACUUCAUACACAAAGUGAAAAUUGAGCUUUUGUGGGAAAAGCUAUUAAAUAGGGACCUUAAGAUCUGACGACGGCGACGGCAACGGGAACGCAACAAAAGCAAUAGGUGUAAUUAGCAAAACAACAGUUUUGCACGUGCAUCACGCUUUUUUGUACAUUUCUUUGCCGUCACUGCACGACUACGACGUGAAAAUGCCUAAUUUCACGAUGUACAGAAGAAGUACACAAGCGACGUCGAAAUUUCCUCUCUCUUACUGAACUUGGAUAUGGUUCUUAGGAAUUCAACUUUAGGAGGGUUCUCCUACAUUUGACAAAGUUAGUGACUUGGAGUAAUCUCGAUGAAGAUUGGAAGAACGCGAAUUCACUUUUUCAGCGACGUUUUUUCUGCCGUCGCCGUCCUAGGUCUUAAGGUCCCUAAUAAUCCCCCCUAACGCAGAAAAAAAGUAUUUCUUUUGACAACGAGGCGGCCUCCACUUCAUUAAAAGGGCAAGUAGCACGAAGUAGUAGGAGAAGUGUCGCACCUGUACAAUGGAGUCUUUCUGUACUUUGCCAAAAAUUCGAAAACACCGAGAGGCGCUCAAAUCAUUUACAUCAUUCAAUGUAAGCAAUUCAGUUCCAGCAAUUAAAUCAUCUUAUCUCGAUUUAACCUGAAUUUCAGACGAUUACUUCGAGUCGUUUUUACUUCCUCAGUAGGGUCUAAAUUGACUGGCCGCUGAUACCGUCCAGUGACGUCACUACUCAUUCCUAAGUCAUGCAAAAAGUAAAACACGAUUUUCAACCGGGAAACAAAGAAAUAUCGUCUGGAAAUGUCUACAUGAUACAGAAGUGCUUUACUCUUUUUGAAUGUAAUUCAUAUUUAACGUUUAAACUGUCAACUGCAUGCAGUACUCUGAACGAAGUCUGUUGUACGUUUAAUUCAAUACUCAAACUCGAUCGCAAUCACGCAGAUAAAACAAGCUCAUUAAAAUACACACAUGGAACACUUCAAAAACACAACGAUUUGCUAUAAAAAAAAAAAGCUAUUUGGUGCUUAACGAAGAAGAAAAAAAAAAAAAAAAAAAAAGUUAAACAGAAUCAUUACACUCGACGGUGGAAAUUAAAAGACUUAAAUCCCAGAAAUUUUCGCUUUCGAAUUUUUUUAACUCCACGCAAACAUGCCAGGCAUCCGACCCAGCAAUCCCGCUAAAAUUUCUCGUAACUAUACAUAAUUCUGCGAAUGUUUGGACAAGAAUCAACCAAUCAAACACUACCCGGUUUUCGGGUAGUGACGUCAAACUGGACGGGAUUAGCGGCCGGUCGAUUCAGACGUUGCUAACAGAGUAAAAAAGGACUCGAAGUAAUCGUCUGAAAUUCAGGCUAAUCUGGAUAAUGCACUAAAAUUCCGCCUAGCUGAGGUAACGAUCUCAUUGCUGCAAAGGGCCGGGAAGGUACAAAAAGUGUCUGAGCACUUAGUACCAGACUGGCAAAAAGAAAGAGGAAUCUCAACAGGCAGUUAUCGUUAUGAUUUUAUCUGCUUUGAGCUCGGCCACCAUACUGCAGUGCGUAAACCAAAUACUCCAGCUAUCUGAUGUAUGGCCGGGAUAUAAUAAGCUAGCCCAAAAAACCAAUACAAACAUAUCGCAGUCAUCUAUCAACAGGAAAGCAUCAUGAGAAAAGUUGGAGACUUGUUCGAAUUCUUAAGCACUGAUAUGGGGGAUUACAUCAUACAAGUUAUGAUGUACGCUCCUAGUUACUCAACGCUGUUGGUAGAUCUACUGCACCAGGCGGGCCAUAUACAGCUACAACAGCCAAAUCCUUAAGUUGGACCCCUCACUGGGGCAAGAUACAGUCUGUUCUUGAAAGAGAUAAAUGGCACCGUUGUCCUAACUGGUUCUAAACCCGGACAACUUCCUGAUGCAGUUCACCGCUAAUAACAUUGACAUCAACCAUUCGUUACUAGGUGGAAAGGACACUUUCCACGCAACACAGGUACCUGGUUGACAAAGAGACCCAAAUAAAACAAAGCAUUUAGCAAGCUUGAGGCCCAAAGUGAAUUGUGAAAUAACUAGGAUUCAACAUUGCACAAGAAAAACAAAAAGUUGUAUAUGUAUUCCUAAGUACAUUACAAAAAAAUAAUUGCUGUCUUUACACUAGGCUGUUAAGUGCCCCUGUUAAGUAAGACUUAAGAGCUGCUAAGUUUUACUUAACCAAAAAUUCGUGUGUGAAGGCCUAAGUAAAAUCUCAAGUAACUUUACUUUGCAUUUCAUUAAAGUUGGAAAGUUGAAACGAUUCAAGAAAGUUUUAAGCGACUUGAAAAGCAUCCUUAAAACCGACUUACUUGCGGUUUCUUGGGAUGCUUACCAUUUGACAGAAAAAUCUGGCUGGGGUGUCGAAAGCAUAAUGGUAAGCGAUUUACCAGUUUACCGUAGAGUUGCCACAUCCGUUACGGUUUGAAUCCAAAAAGGGGGCGAAUGCAUCUGGAACCGAGAAAUUGGUAGUUGGUAAGCAACAUUCCGUUUGGUUUGUACCAACUGGAAUGAACGGACUACCUCAAAACGUACUCCUCAAUUUUUGGUUGGAAUUUCCGAAAAGUGACCUUACCAUUUACCAUCCAUCCGGAAUUUCCGAAAUUUUCUGUCAAAUGGUAAGCACCCUUGAGGUUUGAGAAAGGCGAAACACGUCAAUCAAUCGUAGUUAUGUUGCGUGGGAAAAUAGCCUUAAGUUAACCUGAAGUAAAAAAGAAUCGGUUGUGUGUGAAGCUUUAUUUUACUUGAAGUAAUUAAAAUUUGCUGCUCUUGAAAUAUUUCUUAGCUUAUUUAGGCUCUAGUGUAAAGACUACCAAUGUGAUAAAUAUACAAGUGAUAAGGUGAUUUUUCUAUAAGAAGGCGUGGUCAAGUGUCACGUGAUGGCUGUAUGUUAAUAUAAGCAGCGUAAAAACAAUCAGAAAUUCUUAGAAUAUAAUUUUUAUAACACUAAUAACGCUUUAAAAGAAUUUCUGUCUCUUUUAAAUUUGGAAUUGUUAAAGGAAAGAAAACCCCUCAUUUGGACAAUGACGUCAUAGUGAAAAUCCCCCAAACUCCACCUUAGCACAAGAUCUGAGUUUGGCAACAAUGAUUUUCAAAAUCAGCGUACUCAAGCUAGUAAGAAUACCUGGGUGUCACAUUUUGGUUUCCUGUGCACCCGACCAGACUAUACCCGCGCAAAAAAGUGAAAACUACCGUAUUAUAAUAACUCACAGCAAUUUUUGCGGUAAAAUCCUUUAUAAUUACCUGACGGGAUACCCGUCGAAUGGAGUAUAUCAAAUACGUCGUCUUUACCCGCGGCGUUCUUCCCCAUCAGUAGGCCAUGUCUGAUUACAGGGUUAUUAAUUCUUUCAUUUAAGUCCAAUUCUUAUUUCCUCAGUGGCACUUACCAAGGUAACAUGUAGAUUUAGCGAGGGCCAAAAACGAAGCUCUCAUUUGAUCUUUUAAGUAAUGCCUUUGAAGAAAGCUGUAAACCUGAGGCUUCGAUACGGACAGUUGUUUAAUAGCGGAUACCCUAUUUUGACAGGUGGAUGUCUAAUAUCAAGUUAAUCACAAAUCGAAUAUACCUUAGAUUAACGCUUAUAACAAGUGAGUGUGACAUUUUACAUGCGGUAAUAUGAAAGGGCGGACGUAAGGACGGAAGAUUGGGUCACAAUUAAAAUUCCUUGAAUGCAUAUAUCACCAAAUUUUAUUAUCCAUAGUGCCCGGCUGUUUUUGUUUCGCGAGCCCGAGAGCCCCGCCGUUAUACCUAAUGUUUACCUACAAUCCUUGUCACAUUACGUUGGGACACCCCGUGCUGUACCCAUUUCCUGACAGAAAAAAUGUGCUCCUUCCCUCCCAGUGUUGUUGUUUUUUUUUUUGCUCCUGUCAUUCCAACUCGCAAAAUCCAACAUUAAGGGGGUAGAAAAUACCACUACUGUCCCAGCUAUUGUGACGAGUGUUGUAGGUAUGUCAAUUCUUGUACCUUGGUAAAACGAUCAAGUCAAACAAGUCGACAUCAUGUGUUCUUGUUUACAUUGGAUUAUUACGGGAUGAAAAGAAAUGCUUUAUUAUUUUGUUUUCAUUUCAUUUAUUUAUUUCUGCCGCUAAAAUUCAUAACUUCGAGGAAUCCAUCUCCAUUGGUUAUUGUGUCUAGUUACAUAUUUUGCUUUUGUUGUUUACACUUUUAGUUUUUUCGAUCAAGUUAGUGUGUGUGAAGUUCCAGGCAGGGUACCCCCAUAAAUUUCGGAUAGAUGUUUGUCUCCGAGGGCCUGAAGUACUGACCCUACUUGAGGAUGAGAGAAACGAAAACUGAUACCUUAUUUAAGGGCGUGUCUCCGUAAAACCGACCAGUGAUUUCGGAUCAAAAAAUUAGUUUUCCCUGUAUUCUAGGAUAUUAAAGUCUUUACCUAAUUAGUUACAAAAAUGCAUUUUGUUUGACCGGAAAUGCGAAAAAAUUUUUUACGAAUUUUUGAAUUUUCCGCCGGCUGGCACCGCGCCAUAGCCUUUGAAACUGCAAAACUUGCCUACAUUGCCGGCGCUACAGAAAACAAACAACUCGUUCAAGAAGCCCGAUUUUCUUUUUAAUAUACGGAUACACCACCCGAAUUAUUUAUUCAUUUUAACGGCAAGAAUCUUUUUCCUUGCACGUGUUAUCAGUCUGCUGUCAAAACCAAAAAUAGCGCAACUUUGAGGGCAGUUUAAAAAAGUGUGGCACCUGUCUGAACGUUGCUAUCUGUAUUAAUACAAACUAGAAAUGAUAGUAAAACGUAAAAAGGAAUGAAAUUUUUGUGCUUUUCACGUUUUCGAAUAUGAGCACCGUUUGAAUUUCCAGAAAUUUCGAAGACAAGAUAAUCAACGAACACUUGCCUUGUUAUUCUCCUCUUUUAACUUCGCUGUUUGUAAUGUCCUUCUUGGUUUGUAGAGCCGGGAUACUAUUGUGCCUUAAUUAAGCAAUCGCUUUUACUAAAAUAUUGGUUUUCUUAUCAUUUGUCCUCCAAGGGAAUUUUUUGUCCUGUUUGUGAUAAAAGUAAUGGCACUCGUUGCUGGUCGCGAGCGUAACACGGUUGUUUCGUGACAUUUAAAUUUUUUCCGCUAUUUGUUAGAGGUAAUUGCCUUUGAAUCGCCAUACAUCGAUAAAUUUACUUCUUCAUUUUAACGUAGAUGCAUUGAUGCAUUGAGAAUCCACUAAAACGCUACCAAGAGAGAAUGAGGUGACCCUACAACAGUUCGUUCCAGGCCCCACUGUUUUUCGAAAAAUCAUUGGACAAGAUUAAGACGUCGAGGAUUUUUUUAAAACGUUUCUACGUGAUUAUGUAUAGGUAAUGAAACCCAAUAAAACCAAGAAAAAAGUGUACAGCUCUUUAAAAUGAUUCACAAGGGCAAGGGCUAACGUACCUGGGCCGUGGCCACGAAACGUGAACUCUUGCCCUCUUUACUUACCACAUAAUUAUGCAUCCGAAGAGCUCAUGUAGCUUUUGUAGCUUUUCCAUCGGGUAGCGGUAAGCAUUAAGAUUAAGAACCUGGGUCUUAGGGUUCCUUGUUAGCGCAUAUUUUUGUGCCUACAAAAGAACGAGCAAGUCACUGGAAGGAUUUUUGUUGUUUCGAUCUGACCAUGGAGCGCAUGAUCUAAAUCGUUGAUACCCAGCGUUUGGCGCUAUUACUUCAGCAAUACAUAUUUCCUUUUCCAUGUCUGUUCCCUCAUUCAUUCUUUUCCAUCUCGUUGCUGUCCUAAUCUGAGUAAUGACGACCUACUUUCUUAGAGGCCAGGUCUGAAAACAGGUAUGGAUUUAAGAGGCCAGGUCUGAAAAACGGUGUCAAACUGAAAUGACCUUUUUUGGUCUAAAAAAGGGUCCGAGCGGCCCAGCCUCAACAAGAAUUCCAACCCCCUAAUGCGGAUCACCAAUAAAAAGGUUUCACUUCAUUCUAUGCUUAUUUACCUACAGAAAUACCAGUGACUGCAGACUGUGGCUAAAUCCAGAUGCGACGGGUAUACCACGGGUAGUUUCUGAGCAAUGAUGUGCAUAAGGCUUCAAAAUAAUUUGUAAUACCAAUUAGCGAUUGAAUAGAAAUUUUUGUAAUGCUACAAUACAUUGUCUCUUCAUCUGUUCUUCUGUACAUUUGCUCCAUGAGUAAUUUCCUCUGGCCAAUUGCAAUGCUUAUUUUCCUCAAAUUUUUGUUUUUGCGUCUUGACCGAAGUACUGCAAAUAGCUGUAUCACGACAAUGAUGAGCUCGACUUCCGACUCAUAUCGACUCAUAGCAUAGAAGUACUUCUUCGGACCAACACAAUCGCGACUUGCACUGAUUAUGACGGGAUGAUUGACAGAUGGCAAAAUAAACUCAAAACAGUCUUAUUCCCUAGUAGGAUUCGAGGUGUCAAAAAUACUUUUAGAAUAAAAAUGGAUUUUAUUAAGAAAAAUUGCCAAAUUUCCGCGUUGUUUCCUGGGUCACGUGCAUCUUCUCUACUAAAAGCGAAAUGUCUAUUAAUAUUAAAUUGACUUUCAAGAAUACUAGAAAUCUGGAUGCAGAAAAAAUAAAUAGUUUGUAAAAACCUUCCGUGCACAUUUUACAUAAAGCAAAAAUCGAGAACUACUUUAUAAAAUAUACUAGCCUGCUUAGAAUGGCGGUCUUGUCGUGCGAAGCUUGCGCGAACGAGCAUUGCUCCCGCCCCAAUCUCCUCGCGGUUUCACAGCCCUCGUCCGCCUUAUAAGCUAGUACUGCGCGCCAGACCAAAACUACGCAGGCUAAUAAAUAACCGGAAAAAUCAAACACGUAAUGGAACAAUUCCUUUUAAAGGUUUAAGGAAAACGUUCCAGAGAAAUUCGCUCGACCUUCUCUUUAUGUAAAAUUGGAUGUACAGUUUCUUAGACAACUCAGUCGGCACAGGUUAUGGGCUCCUGAUCAGCAUUAAGAAUACUAUUACAUUUACCAUGACUUGAUGAGUAGUUUUUUUUUUCAACGGAAAGGUAAAAAGCUAAGUCCGUACUAGACUGCAAAACAGUCGGUUUUUUCCUCAAAAUCAGUAAAGAAAUCGGUAAAGCGUGGCGUAAGAGUCUUAUGCGCGCGAAGCGCGCGAGCCUCACACGCCCUAUGGGCGUGUGAGGCGAGAGAAAAAAAACCGUAUUUUUAGCGUCUCUCCCCAGUCUCGCUCUCUGUUUUCAGCCUCAUUCCGGACCUUUUGUUUGACUGCUCGCGCGUACUUGAAUACGCAAAAAUACGGACUGUUUUGCAGUCUAAGUCCGUACAUCGAAAGAGACAUGACUAUCCUCGUAGCAAACCCGAGCCGUACACCCACCCUUCUAAACCCCCAUUAAUGCUCAUUGUUAUGGGUAUUUACAGCUACUUAAAGCUACACGGAAAGGAGAGAAGACGAAAAAGGGAUUGGAGGUCACAUUUGGGGAUCGGCCUUUAGACUUCUCCCAUAGAAGGCCGCGCAAUAACCAACUGUACCAAUCCUUUCUCCUCAAAAGCAAGCCGAGUGGGACUUGUGUUUCCAAAAAUUGAGUGAUGUUACAUGAUCAUUUUUUAGCUUUUUGUUGCUCCUAAAAAAAAAAGAUGUUGACACGUCCUUAAAGGGCGACAGUUUCGAGCCAGUUGCAGCCCAAAUAACGAUCAAUUGUCUCACACAUACGAACAGACCCGCCCUGACGAAUAUCAGUUCGUAUUUUAAUUAAGUGGUUCGUCAUAUCUUUUCUUUCUUUCUGCAACUUACAUACUGAAUAUGUCUAACCUCGAAAAUCUCUACAAGUAGAUUUUCCCAAGGCCACAGCAGACAGUCAGUCUGUACACUCCUUCGCUAUGGUAAAAAGGACAACAGCAACAACAGCUCGUUAUUAAGGACAGUUUGCUUUGUCCCUGGGGAAAUAAAAUCCAUACAUUUUCUCUAAAUUUACCCCGAGAUGGUCCUAAGAGCUUUAUUUUGCGUUAAAGAUACAAAAAUAGAGGUUUAUUAAUAUUUAACUCUUUGAAACAAAAGGAAUUAAUUUUUAACUUACAUUUUUGUUAACCGUAACUGAAAAAAAUUAACCGAAAGCCGUAAAAGAGCCAAAAUUUUAGCCGAAAGCCGUAAAAGCCACCUCCCCAUUGAGACCCUCUUGUCUGCUUCGUGUUUAUUCCUUUUCACGUUUUACUAUCAUUUCUAGUUUGUAUUAAUACAGAUAGCAACGUUCAGACGGGUGCCACAUCUUUUUAAACUCCCCUCAAAGUUGAGCUAUUUUCGUGUUUUGACUGAAGGCUGAUAACACGUGCCAGGAAAAAGAUUCAUGCCGUUAAAAUGAAUAAAUAAUUCGGAACUGUGAUAUGGCUAGGACAUCUGGAGUGGUGUAUCCGUACACAUGUUUUAAAAAGAAAAUCGGGCUUCUGGAACGAGUUGUUUGCUUUCUGUAGCGCCGGCAAUGUAGGCGAUUUUUGUAGUUUCAAAGGCUAUAUUGCGUCGGUGCUAACCGGCCGAAAAUUCAAAAAUUCGUAAAAAAUUAUAUUUCGCAUUUUCGGUCAAACAAAAUGCAUUUUUGUACCUAAUUAUGUAAAGACUUUAAUAUCCCAGAAUAUAAAGAAAACUGAUUUUUUGAUCCGAAAUCACUAGUCGGUUCUUACGGGGACGCGCUCUUCAGAGGCGCACCCCUACAAAAUGAGACCCAAUUCAAGGAAAAAAAACACAAACUAAGAAUUUAAAGGCAACACAUACCCUGCGUGAUCAGAAGGCCUUUUCGUAAAUUAAUUGUCAGUCAUGCACGCGACGAAAAGACCGUGAGUAAAGAAACGCCGAAAAAGUCUUCAUUAAGUCGCUUUCAUGAUACUCUAAGGUAAAGUUCAGCUAACAAACCAUUUUUUUUCUCGUGUAGCUGGGCAUUUAUACCUGUAGACUCUUGAAUGUUAACCAAAUGAUAACGGCGGGAACACAACACUAACAAGGGAAAAAUUGAUUCAGUAUGGAAGAAUAAGACCCUCAAAUACCAUACUUUUUCGGGCGUCACAUACCUAUCUAGCCAAAAUAUGGGAGUACCCCACUCCUCCCCCCUCACAGCCCUCCAAGCAAUCAAGUUGAAGUUUAGUAAAUUGAAUCUAGUUUAAUACCUACUACAGCUAUGAUCAUUUCUGCACAAAACAGGUAUCAAACUUGUUAUGAUCCCGGAAUCGGUUCAAUGAGGCCCUGUUGGAGAGGGGGGCGGGGGGGGGGGGGGGGUUCUUAUCCCUUAUCCUUGUAAAUCUAAGAGGACAUAUCCCUUAUCCCUAAACGUUGUAAGAACGUUACUACUAAAAGUCAGGGAACACGCAGGGGGAGGUGCUGGGGGAAAAACUUGCCCCUUUCCGCGCACUUUUUGUGGGAAAGAAAAAAAAAAUGUUUGCCACAAAUUUUUGUAGUUACAUUCAUGUUAGAAUUAAAGAAGGUAUAACUGUAGCUGAAAAGAUGCAAUAGUCAUUGUGAUUGUUAUGGCAUUGCAAAGGCUCGAUUAAUCCGUUUCCAGAGGCGACUUUUUACGCGUGUAAACCAGCGGCGAUUUCACAAAGACUCUUCUCUAGUGCUAACAAAAACACAAUAACCAUGCAGCCGUUGUCUCGUGGGUUUUGCGAAUAUAGUAAAAUGGGUUUUCUUGGCGGCAAAGAUAUUCCCACCUUAUUAUUAUCCAGCUUGCGAUCCUAUAACCAAUAAAAGUAAAGGGGAGAAAAAUAAGUGUAGAUCAUAAUUAAUGUAGAACCAUGAUGAACUUUCAUUACUCCCUAAAACAAUUCAAUUAUCCCCAAAAUUAUUUUCUCAAUUAUCCCUUACUGGUUCCCUUAUCCCUAAGGAAAAGGUCUGAAAGGUUAGUUACAUCACAUGUCAAUGCAAAUAAGAAAUGCAUUAUCAUUGGCGUAAUAUAUCAUACAUCAUCUCUGUAUAUCUGUCUUUAAAGACUAUGUCCAUUUUCGUAACUAACUGUAAGGAACAGCAAUACAAUAAACAAAGGGAGGAAAAUAAGAAAAAAAAGGAAAGUUGAAAAAAAUGUGUGAUUCCAUUUCACUCAUGGUUCUUAUUAAAUUUGUUUUGUCUUAGUUUAUGAUAAUUCAUUUAAAGUCAAGAAUAAAAAUAAAAAUAAAUAAAUAAAUUCAAACUAAGGAAAAUACACUACAGAGUAACUACACCACAGUGUUUACUCAAAAGUUAAUACUUACGUUUUGUUGGUUUGUUAGAGUCCAGUGGUGACUAUGGAUUCACUCGCAAGGCGUUUAUUUUUUCAAUUAGCAAUAAAGAAGAACUGGAUCCCUUUGUGAGUGAGGUGAGAAGGCCAAGCCUGGCAAUUUACAGGUUGUCAAGGACUGGUCCAGUGUUUGGUUCAGACAUCGGCAUUGAUAAUAAUGCCAACAGUAAAAACAGCUCAGCCGCACGCCUUGGCUGGUACUACCCUGCUCCUGCUGCAGUGCAGAACCCGGAUACAAUCCUGGCCGGGACUGAGUACUUCUCACCUGAUGAGGUGGAGGUAUUUUAUCUUGACCCUACUCAAUAA